CCGUGCCCCCGGCUGCCAUGGAGCUGUUGGGUGCCACCACCCUCCUCCUCCUCCUCCUCGUCCUGGCCACGGUGGCCCUGGUGGCCCGGUGGCAGCAGGAGAGGGGCCGCAAUCUGCCGCCGGGGCCGCUGGCGCUGCCCUUGGUCGGGAACCUGCUGCAGCUGGGGACGGGACCCACCUACAAGGUCUUCCGCAAGCUGAGCGAGAAGUACGGCCCCGUCUUCUCCCUGCGCUUCGGCUCGCAGCGGGUGGUGGUGGUCUUCGGCUACGAGACGCUGCGGGAGGUGCUGGUGACGCGGGGGGACGAGUUCACCGACCGCGGCCGCUUCCCCCUGGCCGAGAAGGCCAACCAAAACCUGGGGCUCUUCAUGAGCAACGGGGCGGCGUGGGCGCAGACGCGCCGCUUCACCCUCGCCACCCUGCGCGAUUUCGGCAUGGGCAAGCGGGGGCUGGAGGAGCAGGUCCAGGAGGAGACGGUGCUGCUGCUGCAGGAGCUGGCGCGGAUCAAAGGGCGGCCCCUGGACCCCAGCAUGCUGCUGACGGCCGCCGUGGGCAACGCCAUCUGCCGCAUCCUCUUCGGCCACCGCUUCGACUACGGGGACGAGCAGUACCUCGAGGUGCUGCGGCGCGUCGCCCAGAAUUUCCUCCUGGAGAGCUCUGCCCUGGGGAAGCUCUACAACAUCCUGCCCGGCCUCCUGGAGCUCCUGCCCGGCUCCCACUGGACCUUCUUCCACAACACCUUCUUCAUCCAGGACUUCUUGACCAGGAAGGUGGAGGAGAACGCGGUCAGCGGCGAGCCCACCACCGCCCCCCACGACUUCGCCGACGCCUUCUUGCGGAAGAUGGAGCAGGAGAAGGAGAACCCCAAGACGGCCUUCACGCGGGACAACCUGCGGGUGACGGUGUUCGACGUCUUCCUGGCGGGGACGGAGACCACCAGCAUGACCCUGCGCUACUGCCUGAUGGUGCUGCUCCAGCACCCCGACGUGGCAGAGAAGAUCCAGGAGGAGAUCGAGCGGGUGAUCGGGACGGAGCGGCUGCCGGCGCUGCGGGACCGGGCGGCCAUGCCCUACACCGACGCCGUCAUCCACGAGGUGCAGCGGUGCCUCGACCUCAUCCCCCUCGGCUUCAUCCGGACGGUGACGCGCGACACGCCGCUCGGCGGCUUCACCAUCCCCAAGGUGCGGGCGCGCCACGGCGAGGAGGGUUGAUCGCUCACGUGCUUC